GGUUGUGGGGUGUCUGUGCCCUAAGGGCUUCAGUGGGAAGUUCUGUGGGGAUAUUGUGGAUGUGUGUCGAGGAAAUCCAUGUUUCCCAGGGGUGGAGUGCCUGUCCCAGCCUGGGCCUGAGCAGUUCACCUGUGGAGAAUGCCCCCCUCCCUCUGUCUACCAAGACAAACAAGGAUACAAAUGCUUUGUGAACGACUUCUGCCUCCCACCUUUCCCCUUCCCCUGCCACAAGAUGGCCGACUGCACCAGCAAAGGGUACAGCUACAGCUGCAAGUGUAAGCCAGGCUACACAGGGGACGGACUUAACUGUACAGACAUUGAUGAGUGCCUGGACCCAUCGGCCUGCCCCAGCGCCAAAUAUGAGUGUGUGAACACGGUCGGGUCAGUCAGAUGCUCCUGCCGCUACCAGAGCACCCCGGAAUCAGACAGAUGUGGUGACUCUGCUAAUCCACCAGGGUCUAAUGUCUUCACCGUGUCCAUGGGCUGGAAGACCCAGAGGGCUGGAGCAGAUGGACUCAACCAGUUGGAGAAGAUUCUGGCCAUGGGCUUCCAGAACAAGUUCUACAACGCCAGUAUGAAGGCUCCGGGGCCAGGGCCGGUGGAUGGUCUGAAGGAGUUCAGGAUCAACGUGUCCAGCGACACACCACACUGGUACAUCAGAGACUACCUGACCCGCGUCAGCAGCUACUAUGACAUCAAAACAGCAGACGUCGGAGACCUGGAUGAGUGUCAGGCGAAGGAGGCGGUGUGCGAGUUCCCUGCUCUCUGUGCCAACACCUACGGAGGGUACAGGUGCAUGUGCAACGGAACCACUGACGUGGAUAAGACUUGCGUUUUUGAUCAGAGUGGUGGGAACAGUAGUGGAGUCCCUGAGGCUCUGCGAGCAGAAGAUAAGAAGCCCCUAAUCCUGGGCCUGGUCCUGGGCAUUGGCAUCCCACUGCUCCUCCUCCUCCUCCUGGCAGCCCUGGCCUGCUUCUGCUGUUCCCGCAAGAAGACCAUCACUGGAGAGAUUCCCCACUUGUUGCCUCUCAAUUAUGCCCAGGAGCAGUUCAACCCUCCUCCGUUCAACUACAACGACCCAGCACUGCACUACAACAGCCACUGCAGCCCACGCAUCAUAGACAACCUCGCAUUCCAGAAACACUAUCGCCGCCGAUAACACACAGAGGGAACAUGUCUUUGAACACACACAAAUGUGCAUACACACAUGGAAAUGCACACAUGCACACACUUAUAGAACUUAUUAUUUUAAAUUGAAUAAUGUCUUGUGUUUUUAUAAUAAUGAAAAUAUAUAUUUAAAAAUUUAAGAGUUUGCCUGUGUAGCUGGUCAUUGUUGGAUGAUGCUAUACAGUAUAUAUUAUAUACAUUUAACUGUAACUAACUAACUAUUUAAUAUGAGGGACCGGUAAUGUCAAAUGUGUUCCAUCAUUCUGACGGUGCAAAAACUAGCAAUGAAAAGUAAAUCACUACAGCAAUGUUAAU